AUGAACAACCAGCUCAGCUCUUCGCCACCAAACUCGCUCUCGCCGACCAUUUCCUGCCACGAGCAGCAGCUUGCUGUCCAGCAGCUCAGCAACGAUGCAUCUCUCGCCCAACCUCUCGCCCCUACCUCGGCGCCCUCCUCUGCCAUGGCCACAAUCCUGCGCGCUACCAAUGACCUGACUGAGACGCCACCUUUCCCGCGCAGCGUUGGGUCGACCGCCCCCAGCUCUCCCAGGAUCCCUCCCCAUCGCCAAAAUUCCGGACACCAAACGCCUCGAGUCCGCCCUCAUGCCACCACCCUAAACAUCCCGGGCAUGACAAGAUCCCGCGUCUCUCCCGAUGGUCGAAUUCCGCAGCGCGAUGUCGCCGCCAAGCUUGUCAUCAUCAUGGUCGGCCUUCCCGCCCGUGGCAAGUCUUAUAUUACCAAGAAGCUCCAGCGAUACCUGUCGUGGCAACAGCACGAGUCCAGAAUAUUCAACGUCGGCAACAGGCGGCGCAAUGCCGCUGGAAUUCGCGUCUCGGUGCAGCCAAAGCUCAGCCCAGAGCCCCCGCGUCUCGACGGACCCGUCCACGCCGCCUCGAUUCUCCUCAACGGCCAUCCUGCGCCAAUGCCCAUGACUGGCGCCAACGACACGCCCACCGAUUUGGACCUGAAUAAAGCCGAUGAUCAAAUGGACCAAUCUGCCAAGUUUUUUGACCCCAAGAACGAAAAGGCAGCUGCGAUGCGCGAGCAAGUCGCCAUGGAUACCCUCGACGAGCUGCUAGAUUACCUUCUCAUCCAAGGUGGCUCCGUCGGCAUCUUUGACGCCACCAAUAGUACCAUUGCUCGCAGACAACACAUCGUCAACCGUAUCAGAGAUCGGGAGCCCAAGCUUGGAAUUCUCUUCAUUGAGAGUAUCUGCAGAGACCCGCUUAUUUUGGAAGCCAAUAUGCGACUCAAGCUGUCCGGCCCCGAUUACCGCGACAAGGACCCCACAAAGUCACUCGAAGACUUUAAGAAUCGUGUCGCUGCUUACGAGAGCGCUUACGUCCCACUUGGAGAGUAUGAAGAAGAAAACGACAUGCAGUACAUUCAAAUGGUUGAUGUGGGCCGAAAACUUGUCCAGCACAGACUAAAGGGCUUCUUGAGCGGCGGCAUCAGCACCUACUUGUCGAGCUUCAACUUGGCACCUCGACAAAUCUGGAUGACGCGGCACGGCCAGAGCGUCGACAACGAACUCGGCAAUCUUGGCGGCGAUUCGCCACUGACUGAACGCGGUCACUGCUAUGGCGAGUCUCUCUACCGCUUCAUCACCCAGAAGCGCAAGGAGUGGAUCAUGGAGCAAAAGAGCAAGAUGGCGCAGGCCACAUUCCCGCCGCUCCCUGGCGACAACACGCCGCCAUAUCCAGACAUGAACAGGGAGCUGGACGAGAAGAACUUUUGUGUGUGGACGUCUAUGCUCCAGCGCAGUGCCGAAACUGCCGAGUAUUUUGAAGCCGAUGACGAUUACGACGUGAAGAACUGGGAGAUGCUCAACGAGCUGAAUACUGGCCAGUUUGAGGGCAUGACCUAUCAAGAAAUUGCCACAAAACAUCCUGAAGAGUUCCACAAGCGCUCCGAGGACAAGCUCAACUACAUCUAUCCCGGUGUCGGCGGCGAAGGCUACCUACAGGUUAUCAGCCGUCUCCGCGACAUGGUGCGCGAGAUUGAGCGCAUCACCGACCACGUCCUCAUCAUCGGCCACCGCUCCGUCUGCCGCGUCCUAAUGGCCUACUUUAUGGACCUGACGCGCGACGACAUCACCGACAUGGACGUGCCUCUUGGAAUGCUCUACUCCAUUGAACCCAAGCCCUAUGGCAUCGCCUUUCACGCCUACAAGUACAACGAGGAGCAGGGCUGGUUCGACGAGCUCCCUCACUACAGGCCUCAAAAGGCGGCCCGCGGCACUGUCUAG